AUGAGUCGCAGAAUCUUAGCUUGGCUGUUCAUGGUGGUCGUCUUCGUGGGUUCUUUCGCCACUCCACUUUGUUGCUCCCCUCAAGAGGAUGGGAGGAGUGUUUGGGUCGGCGCCGGCGUUGUGACGGCGGGCAGCGACGGCAGGGCCUACGGCUACCGCGGCGGGAAGAUGAUCUGGAACAGGCGCUCCUUGGGGGCGAGGGCGACGCUGCCGCCAGCACCGGUGUCGAACAAGAAGAAAGCCGCGACGAUGCCUGCGCCACCGUCGCCGCCGACGAGAAUGUGA